UUUGUUUUGCUGGUUCCUUGUCCAACACUUUAUUUACCACUCAAACGAUGGCGUGACUGCUGUUGCAAAAGUUUCCUUUUCCUUUCGACUCAAGUUAACGUAUGCAGAAUAUCUGCGCACGAUCGCGGUUUCGGCAGGCCAGUAAUAAAAGUAGAGAAGCAAGAGAAUACUUGAUUUCCCAGAAUGAACGAUACCAACUACUUUGACUAUUCGUUCCCUCCGUGGGAGUGUUUUGACACUCAGAAGGAGAGAAAUUCUGUCAGAGAGGUGUCACUCUUCUUCUACUGUCUGACCUGUGUGCUCGGAGUCCCUGGAAAUGGCCUAGUUGUAUGGAUUGCUGGAGUGAAGUUGAAGAGGACAGUGAACACUGCUUGGUUCUUUAACCUGGCAAUCGCUGACCUCCUGUGCUGUCUCUCCAUUCCAUUCACUGUUGCAGACAUUCUAUUAGAAAACCACUGGCCAUACGGAAGCGUCAUGUGCAAAGUCCUACCCACCAUCAUUGUUCUCAACAUGUUUGCCAGCGUCUUCACCCUGAACUUCAUUAGUCUGGACCGCUUCGUCCAGGUUGUUAAGCCAGUUUGGGCUCAGAAUAAUCGUAGCCUUAGGCUGGCUUGGGGGUGCUGUGUCAUGGCCUGGCUAAUGGCCUUUCUCCUCAGCCUGCCUACCAUGAUCCUGAGGAAUACUGAAGACUUCUGCAACAGUACCAUCUGCACAUUCACUUACAGCAGCGAGACCGAGGGUAGGAACAGCACCGAAGCCGAUGGCUUGGAUCAGUACAGAUCGUUAACUGUGACCAGGUUUGUCUUUGGCUUCCUGUUACCUCUUUUGUGCAUCGUGGUGUGCUAUGCCCUCAUUGCCUGGAAGGUGAGCAGCAGCCAGUUCCGCUCCGGGAGGGCAUUCCAGAUCAUGCUGGCUGUCGUGGUGGCCUUUUUCCUAUCCUGGUUACCCUACCAUGUGGUGGGCUUGGUAGAUGUGUAUGGGGGGGAGCAGGUCUCUGAGCAAGCCCGUGCAGUAGACCCACUGGUCAUCUCUUUUGCAUACGUAAACAGCUGCAUGAAUCCUGUACUAUAUGUGUUUAUGGGGCACGAUUUCAAAGAGAGGAUUAAGCUGUCUCUGAGACGGGUCUUUGAGAAGGCAUUCAGUGAAGAUGGCCCAAACUCUACAUUAAACUCCAAAGGACUUCAGUCCCGUGCCACCAACUCCUCCGAGGCACAGCUGUGACCAGAUAAAGCCAGAUCCUGGUGGAAAUCCUCCUUAGUGUGAUUCAAUAUUGUGCAUAGAGACCCCUUUGUUAAUUUACUCCUCCUUAGUAUUAAUAUAACAAGGUAGAAAUUUUGUUUUGCUUUACGAGUGAAAUUCUUUCCAUCUUUUUACUUAUUGUAACUUUCAAAAUACUUUUUAAAAACAGGAUAUCGAAGUAAAAUAAAUGCAUAAUCUAUUAGUCCAAAAAAUAAAUGUGCUGGGACAACAAAUCUUAAUCUAUUAGUCAAAAAUGUGUUAGAAUGUGGGUAUAUAAAUUAGACAUUGAGGCGGGAUAUAUAUUUUUCUUCAUUUUUGUUCACAGAAGACUUUUAUAUUGAUAUUUAUUCUGUACUGUACAUUUUUCACUAUAAUGAAAUCAUUAAGUACUAAACACACCUCUGCUAGUACAUUAUGUUAGUUGCCUUUACUGAACCUAAAAAAAAUGUUUUUUCAGAGUGGGUAUUAAGGUUUAGCAGUGAAUAAAAGAAAGGGUUGAAGAAAAACAUAAUCUCUGUAACACAGAAUAUUAGCUUCAAAACCUAUUUUUAUUUCAUGGUCUUUCCCUCACAUUCAGUUGUAAUUGUGUUCCAAUGAAACUGCAUUCCUAUCUAAUGACUUGUUUCCAUAAUUUAUUUACAGAAUGUAAUGCACUGCUUGAGCUAUGAUUUUACCAGAAGAGGAUUACUGCACUCUUGAAGAGAUUGUUAGAUUUAGUCUUUGACCGAAAAAGGGAAAAAAUUAAAGAUGCAUGUGUUUGCCUGGCCAGUAUGACUCACCCCAGUUACACUUACCUACUCAGUGGUGAGACUAAUCAGAAUGCUGAUUCCAUGUUGUAAAUGUGAAAUCUGAGCCCAUACAAAUGGCUCUCAUUAAGACAUAAUCUCAUUAGCUUUUAUUUUGUUGUUAAAAAUAUUUUUCAUAUGUUUUCUUUUGUCUUUUGUUUUUAUUUAAUUGGUUGUUUUUAUUUUAUUAAAUGUUUACUAACUCAUUUAUUUUUACUUUUCAAUUUCAGCUGUGAGGCUGAUUCAUGUCCAGUUUGGGUCAUGUUAGGAACCUUAAGAAUGUUUCUGAACCAAUCUUUUCAGUGAUUCUCUUUCAGAUUUUAACCUUUCAGUCAGCAUUCUACAAAUGUUCUAUUUGUGGUGAAUUUUUAUUUUAAUGUCAGUUUCUAUUUCUGAGGCAUCAGUAAAUAACUGCUUAUGCA